AUGACUACACAAUGUGUGGAUGGUGAAGUAUUUUUAAGUAUGACCACUACUAGUGAUUGGAUGAGUCUAUUCAUUUAUCAUUAUUCAAGUCAACAUGUGGGUGGAAAUUUAAAUGAAUAUGAACUCACAAAAUUGUAUGAUCAGACUUUUCAUAGACAUCCAACCAUGCCAAAUAUGGAACAAGUGAAUGCCUUGAAGAAUAUUGUCAUUGUACAUGCUUUGAUGAUGCCAAAUACUCCCACCCGAACCUCAUCUUCACAUCGGAUUGAAGAAGAAGAACAAAUUCAUUCACCACGUUCUCCAAUCACUCCACUCUCUUCUUUGAGUCAUCAUCAUCACUCGAUCGACACUCAAAGUUCACUCAACAAUGAAGAGUCUUCCUCUCCUGCCUUGACUCCAACCUCUUUUAGAAAAUAUGAAUCUUCUCCAUUCAGUAAAGCUACUACUACUACGAGCAGUGGUAGUCACACCAUGGCCAUGAUGGAUGUCAGUGUUGAGAACAAGAUAACACCUCCAUCCAUCAAAACACCUCCUUCACUCUUUGAAGUCUCCACUCAUAGUGUUCAAAAAAUUGGACAACCACAUCCUUUUAUUUCUCCAAGUGAAUCUGUGUAUGCAGAUCGAUUAAGAUAUCACCAACAUGUGUCUUCUUCUUCACAUCAGACAUUGUCUCCAUUUCAAAGAAGAGAACGAAUUUUCAAAGAUGAAAUUCAUAGUCAUAUUAGUUUUCCAACUUCAAUUUGUAAACAAGUCAUUGAUACUGAAUCUUUUCAAAGAUUACGUGAUUUAAAACAAUUAGGAAGUUGUUAUUAUGUCUUUCCAGGUGCAUCUCAUAAUCGAUUUGAACACUGUUUGGGAGUUGGACAUUUAUCAAAGAAAUGGAUUGAUAAAUUAUUUAUGAAUCGUCAAGAUUAUUAUUGGGGAGUGAGUGGUCAUGGUAGUAUGAGUGGUGGUGGUGUUGGUGGUAAUGGUGGUGGUCAUGGUAGUAUGGGUGGUGGUGGCAGUGGUACUUUUAGUACACCCAAUCGUGAUGGCAGUUCUGAUCAUGAAAGACCUACCUAUAAGGAUAUUUAUAUUUUACAAGUAGCUGCCUUGUGUCAUGAUUUAGGUCAUGGACCAUUCAGUCAUGUGUUUGAUAAUGAAUUUAUUCCAAGAGUGAAGAAACAGAAUUCUAUCAUGGAUUCUAUUCCUUGGACUCAUGAAAUGGGUUCUAAAACCAUGUUCAAAUACAUGUUAGAUGAAAAUACCAAUGAUGUUAAGAAUUAUGGUGAUUUGAAUGAGAAUACAGUACUGGGAUUGAAUGCAGAGGAGGUUGAACAUUUAAGUGAGCAAUUCAUUGGAGUUCCUAGUUCUUCUUCUCAACAAGCAUCUUCUUCACAGGACAUGGCUCUUCCUACAACAACACUCUCCUAUGAUCAUGACAUCCAAUUUAUUGAUUUUGGUAAAGAAGAAUGUGAUAUGGUUUUCAACAUGAUUGAUGGUCACAUUUCUAAAAAUGAAUUCUCACAAAAUCGACAAUAUCUCUAUCAAAUUGUUGCUAAUAAGAAGAAUUCAGUAGAUGUUGAUAAAUUUGAUUACCUUGCAAGAGAUUGUCAAAAUUUAGGAUUAAUCUCUUCCUAUGAUUCUUCAAGAUUGAUGGAAUUUAGUAGAAUUAUUCAUGGAAAUAUUUGUUUUUCAUCAAAAGAAGUUUACAACUUGUAUGAAAUGUUUCAUACUCGAUACAAUUUACACAAACAAGUUUAUACUCAUCGAGUGGGUAAAUCUGUGGAAUAUAUGAUUACAGAUGCAUUGGUUGAGGCUGACCCUCAUCUUCAUAUCUCUGAAAUGAUUCAUUGUCCUGAACAAUAUGUUCAUUUAUCAGAUAGUAUUUUGUACAAGAUUGAAACAAGCACGAAUCCUGAAUUGUCUAAAUCGAGACAAAUUCUAAAACGAUUGAAACGUCGUGAUUUGUACAAAUUUGUUGAUGAAGUUUUACUACCUUUGGAUCGAUUUGAAGAAAUCAAAAAGGAUGUUUGUGAAGAAGAGAUUGCAUCGUGUGCACCCAAUAUUGCUGGUUAUGGACAUUUAGAGACUUGUCUUCAUCCCUCAGAUAUCAUUAUUCAUAACAUGUCUAUUAAUUAUUCAAUGAAAGAUAAGAAUCCAGUCGAUCAAUGUCUCUUUUACAAAUCCACUUUUGGUAGCGAUGAUGAUGAACCAUUCCAUAUUGCAAAGGAACAAGUGAGUUAUUUAAUUCCAUCUCAAUUUAUGGAAAGAUAUGUAAGAUUGUUUGUGAGAGAUGCCAACAAGUUGGAUAUUGCCUAUGCUGCCUUUCAAAAUUGGAUUCAAAAAAAGAAAUUGAAAAAGUCAUCCAAUUCAUUGGAAUAA